AAUAAACUCGGUGUCAAUCAAAGACAAAAAACAAGUUUAAAAAGAUGGCGUCGAGUACGUGCUUAUCUUUUUUCGUAUUUCUUUAAUUGCGAAUUUUAUGUAAUUACGUGUGUUGCUUUAUGUCAAUGUGUUGAAUGAAUCCAUAUCAAAAUGUGGCACGAAGCAAGAAAACAGGAGCGAAUGAUUCGCGGUAUGAUUGUAGACUAUCGACGGAGGGCGGAACGCCGUAAGGAUUUCUAUGAGAAAAUUAAAGCUGAGCCCACUCAGUUUUUGCAAUUACACGGUCGGCCAUGCAAAAUUCACUUGGAUCCUACGGUCGCAGCUGCGGGAGAGGGUCCAGCUAUCAUGAUGCCUUGGCAAGGAGACACAAACAAUAUGAUAGACAGGUUUGAUGUCCGCGCACAUUUGGAUUAUAUUCCAGACGUGAGAAACCCUGAUGUUCCACCUGAUAAAUUAAGCCCUGAAGAGAGACAAUGCAACUAUGAACGAUACAGGAUUAUAGCACAGAAUGCCUUUCUAGGGAUAAGUGAAGACAAAUUCCUCCAGCAACUGGCCAUAGAGGAGCAGUUUGGUGUCACUAUAGAAGAGAAGGAGAUGCAAAAAGAGAGGUUGCACGAAAAAAAAGGCACUGGCGCCGCUAUAGGAUACAAUUAUAACGAUCCAGGGGCACAACCAUCCUGCUCUAACGGCCCGGAAAGUAAAAAAGUGGAGACCAAAGAUUCGGAUGAUGAUUCGGAUCUUGAAAUCAUUGAUGUGGACUUGAGCAUUGACGUAAAUAAGAUGGAGGCUUCACAGGCGCACGAGCUGAACGCGGUGGGCCCAGCGUUCGGCAUGGCCGGUUGCGACCUGUUCUCGUUCCUCACGGGCGACGCUGACGACGCCGAGCACCAGAAGCAACUGCUGCGAGAGGAGAAAGAGAAGGCAAUGUUCUCUGGAAGAAAGAGUCGGAGGGAAAGGCGCGCGCAUCGGGACAAGAAGCUAGCGUGCCGCGUGGUGAGCCCGCCGAGCUACGCGGCGCCGGCGCCGGGCGCGGGGGCGGGGGCGGGCGCGCGCUCGCCCAGCCGCUCGCGCAGCCGCAGCCCUUCGCCCGCGCCCGGGAACAUCCAGUUCAUCACCUCCUUCGGCGGCGACGACGAGGAGGUCAAGCCACCUCCACUGCCAAAAAUAUCAUAUGCAGAAAAAGUGAAACAGAAUUUAAAGAAGACAGAAUUAUAUUCAGAAAUAGUUCGCAGACAAACUAAAAGGCCAAGAGCUCCAUCAGAGGACAAAUACCCCCGCCCUCUAAUAGGGCCUCGCCGCGAGUCGCGAUCCAGGUCAUAUUCCCGAUCCAAAUCACGCUCGAGAUCCAAGUCACAGCCUAGGUCACGCUCGAGGUCAUUCCGGAGGUCACAUUCGAAGUCCCGGUCGUAUUCCCGGUCACGCUCUGCCUCGUCAAGGUCACGCUCGCGGUCCUACAGCCCUUAUAAGCGAAACUAUAGGAACAGGCGAUCUGCCAGUCCAAAUAAUACUAGUGCGAAGCGUAAAUCCAGGUCGAUGUCUUAUGAAAGCAACGACAGAAGCAAGCCGGCGGUGCCGCGCUACUACGGGCGCCGCAAGGAGGACAAGUCUUCCAGCGAACUGUCCCUGGAUUCCGAUUCCAGUGACUCCGCCGAUGACGCGAAAAACAAAUCGGCGGUUGCCAAUAAACCCAACACAAACCAGAAUCAGUUACGAUUGUCUGGAUCCAGCUCCAAAGGUCGGCCUUCCAAGGAAACCAUAUCGCUCAAGGAGAAACUCAAAAGAAAAAUGCAAGCCCAGUUAUCAAGGCAACUGCGUGCAGACAAGCGGGCUGAAGCGGAGCGGUUGGAACGCGAGAGUCGCAGGCAGGCGCGCCGUGACGAGGAGAUGCGGGAGUUAGCCAUCAAGCUGCGACGCAAACAGCGAGAGAUGCGACACCAGCAGACUAGGCGGUCGAGUGAUGACGACUCUGACAGGAGUCGCAGCGGGUCUUCCUCCAGAAUAUCACCACGGCCAGAGAAGAAGAGACAUAGCAGAAGUCGAUCGAAAAGUAAAUCUCCGUCUCCUCCGAAGCGUAUCCAAGUGUGGGAGACUAGGCAGUCGCCGCCGCCAUUUCGACCUAAAUACACGGAACCAGGAGAUAACUCCCAGUACCAUGACAGAAGGAGGUACCACGACAACGAGACACAUUACCAGGACGACAGAAGACCAGAAGACGACAGGCAAUAUUACCAAAAUAGGUAUGACAAGUACCCCAACCGAAACUAUGAACGCUACGACAAUUAUAAUCGACAUGAGCACAGUCAAGGGCACGAAAGCAGGUGGGAUGAUAAACGGUUUUCUCAAGCGCCAAGACGGCCUUUUGGCCACAGAGGAGGGUACAGAGGUUACGGCCACAGACCGGGGAACUCUGACCACUAUGGCGAUGGCCCUUCAUGGCAGAAUACACAAGAUAGUUACGACAGAGACAGGAACAGCUCGAGCAGUGACACUAACGGAAAAAGUAAAGUGAAACUUGUGGACUACUAAUACUAAGAGUUGUGUUGAUCUGGGGUUAAACAGGCCACAUCGAAACAAUUCGUCUACAAAAGCUCUAUUGCUUCAAUGUAGCCUUUUUAACCCUGCCUUUGAGCGCCUUAUACACUGCUACUUUUUGCAGCGAUGCAAGCGCACGUGUAACUGCAGCGCGACAGGAUCCGGUGUAGCGAGACCAGUAUCAUUAACACAUGUGUCAAUUUAGUCGUAGACACUCGUAAGUGAUGAUGCAGACGCAGCGUUACUAUAGUAACAUAAAUGUCAAUGAACGAAUGGGUAGAGGGGGCUGGGACCUGUAUACUAUCCCAGAUAUUGAUCAUCCUGUGGUUAGAUCACCUCCGAGAUAAGCAUCUGUAGUCAUAAUAAUAGGUUUGUCGUUACCUUUGUAUGUGAUACCAUACUCCUUUGUGCCUUGAAUAUAUCGUAGUAUUCGCUUGACUCGUAUGAUAUCUGCAUCUGAUCGAUAGGACAGGGUUCUCGAUACAACUCCCAACUGCAAAUGCUAUACAGUGGCAAUGCUGGUAUCGCUACUACAUCGGGUUUGUAUCGAUGCUUCAUCGUGUCUGAAUCGCUACAUUAUCGCUGCAAAGAGUCGCAAUGUGUAAAGGGCCUAAAGCCAAAUUAGAUUACGCCAAUCUGUCAGUACAUUAGGAUGAAUAUGUUUUAAAACCAUCUAAUCUGAUUAUGUACUUUAAAUUAUUAGUCGGAAGUCGUAUUUGAAGUUUGACUUUGUGUCGUAAAAGCUGGGUUUGCGUUGUUGCUUGCUGUAUAGUGAGAUAUCAAUGUCAAAUUAUGUGUAGUCUGUUGAAACUUGGUAUGUCGUUAUGCAACAAACACUGAUGCAGAGAUGACACAAAAUCUUACUUUGUUGGAAUGUUAGUAACAAAAUGUUAUUGCAGAUUUAAAUACCUUUACUCACCGUUUAUUGGUUGUACUUGUUGUCUCCCCAGAAAUAUCUUAAUUUUGUAUAGAAAUGUAAUUAAAUUACAUAACAGUUUUAAUUUUAUUAACAAUUUCGUGAAGAAAUGCAGCUGUCUACUGUAAGUUACAAAAAAAUUAAUAAAUAAAUAGAUAAGUGUAUAUAA